AUGAGUAUGCAGACAAAUUUAUAUAAUAAUCCAUCAUUAUUCAAUGAUCAUUAUUUGAGUCAAAUCGAUGAUGAUUUAACAACUAUCACUGAUUUUGAUUUAUUAAAAUUGCAAUUGAUACGUCAACGAAAAAAAUUAUUUUCUUUUGUUGAGUUAUUGAUAAAAACUGAAUUGUCAUAUGAAAAUAUUGUUCAGCGCAUUGAUUUUGAAAAUCUCUUCGAUAAACAGAAUCAAUUGGCCAGAGAAUAUAAUUUACUUAAAAAUGAAUAUCAACAUUUAGGACAAACUUGUUUAUAUUUAAUUAAUAAAACACAUGAUUUAAUUGAUGAACGAAAUAAAUAUUACAAUGAAUGGCAAAGAAAUAAAUCUCUAUUAACACCAAGACCUGAUUGGGAUAAAGUAUCAAAUGUAAUCGAUGGGGGAAAGGAGCGCUGGAAAAUAUUAUCAUAUGCAAAAUCAAGUGAACAAUUAGUUGAUGCAUUAAUUCAAGAGAUUAUGCAUGGAAAUCAAAGUGAAUCGAAAAACGAAAUAGAUUACUUUGAUGCACUUGGUGACGAUGUAUCAAUUUUAUCUUUUUUACGUAUGCCUAAAAGUAAUCGAAUAUUUAAUAGACAAAUGAGACAACACAUGACAGAACUUUUAAUCAAAGAAAUUUGGACGGACAAAAUUAAAGAAUCUAGAGAUCAACUCCUUGAACAUUUGACUCACACACAUCAACUUCAUUCACCAGAGCCAUCAUACUCUCCAUUUUUAUCAAUUCAACAAUCGAUGCCUACUUCGCCUGAUAAUAAUAAUUCAAAACUACAUAAUAAAACAUUAGCGGAUCAUGUAGCCGACUAUUUCGAAGAAAGAUUUCGUUCUCACGCAAUAGCUAUCGAAAUGGGAUACAAUUUACAAGAUGCAUGUCAACGGUAUCGUAAUUCUGAACGCAUUAAUUUAUUUUGGGGUAUUUUGACUGGACAAAUAGAAGAAAUGGUUUAUCAUCAUCAAAUGAGAUCUAUAAGUCAAUUAUUACAACAUCUAAUCAAAAUGAAAACCUUGUAUUCAUUUCAACAAGAAUCAAUCUCAUCAAAAGCUCGACAAGCCAUUGUUAGUGAACCAAAUUCACCUCUUUCAGUUAAAGUUAAUUAUCGAUUAUCACCAUUUUCUAUGAAACAAUAUCAAGAAUCAGCAGUUAUGCAUAAUAAACUUGUAAUGACCGAAGAACAAUUCUUCGAAUCAUUAAAUAAUUUUUAUACUGAUAAAACUUCAUUACAAAUCGAUGAAUUAUUUCAAUCUGCUAAACAAGAUCUUCAAUAUCCAGAAGAGUCCAUAGCAUUUAGUUUAUUAUUUAUACAGGAUGAUGAAGGUCGUUUCGGUAAAUUUCUGUCCACAUUAAUUAAACAGAUAAAUCAAGAGAAACUAUCAUAUGUUGAACAACUUAAACCAAUUCUUCUUGGCUAUUCAUUAAUAAGUGUAUCACAGUUUAGUCGUGCUAUUCAUAUGAUUGAUGCAAAUAUAAAUCAAAAUGAAUUAAAUCGAUAUAUUCAAUGGGUUUUUUCAAUAAAAGAUUUUCAUUCAACACAACAAGUAAAACCUUUAGAUUUAGAAGAUUUAUUAAGACGUUUAGAAAACUGCGCUUGUUUUAAACAUUAA